AUGGAACCGUUGUCACCACCACCCACAAUAACACCUUCUUUAUUCCAUCGACCAGAACUACUUGAUAAUCAAACUCGAUUAAUUUUAUCUGCUCAUGUUAAACCAAAACGACUUAUUCGUAGUACAACACGUUCAGCUGGAAUAUCUAAGGCACGUACUGAUUCAAGUUCAAUAUUAACUACAUCAUUUACUCAAGAAUCAGAUGAGGAUGACGACGAUGAUGAUGAAGAUCUUUCACCUGAAAAUAUUAUCAAUUAUGAUACAGAUAUUGAGGAAGAUGAAGAACCCAUAAAAGAUUAUACAUGUAAAGGUCUUUAUUUAGAUCAAUGUCAUCGUCAUAGUGUUAUACCCUCAUCAUUCUUUUUACGUUCUAUUGAUAAGAAAACUUUAACAAUACGUUAUUGUGGUUUAAAACCAAUCAAUAUUAAAGUUAUGAUACCAUCCUUAAAAAUCAAUACAAAUAUUACAAAACUUGAUUUUAGAGAUAAUGGCCUUGGAUCACAUGGUACUAUUUAUAUUGCAGAAUUAAUUCGCGAUAAUGAAUAUAUAACUGAAUUAAAUCUAGCUGAUAAUGAUAUUGGUUUACAAGGUUGUAAAGCUUUAUGUGAAGUACUUCGUUCAAAUCGAACAAUACGAAUACUUAAUCUUGAUGGUAAUCGUUUCAAUGAUAAUUGUGCACAAUUUUUUGCAGAUGUAUUUUCGGAAAAUGAUACGAUUAAAUAUAUAAAUUUAAAUAAAAAUUUAUUUGAAAAUGAUAAAACUGGUCGUCUUUUUGGACAAUCAUUAGGUGAAAAUCAAACAAUUGAAGAAUUUUAUAUUGCUUGGAAUCAUUUACGUUCAAAAACAUGUGCCUUAUUAUUAAAACCACUUAUGUUAAAUGCACGUUUAACAAUACUUGAUUUAUCAUGGAAUGGUGCUGGAUUACAUACAGCUAAAAUAAUAUUAGAAUUAUUAAAAAAAAAUUCGACAUUAGAAAAACUUCGAUUAGAUAAUAAUCAAUUUAAUACAGAAUGUGCCGUAUAUAUUGGGCAAGGUUUAGCAAAAAAAUGA